ACCGUGUGUAUCCGUCCGCGGGGGCCGCCUCCCGUUCCCCUGGCGGUGCGGCGAACAAGAUGGCGGCGGUGGCCUUUGAGGUAGCGCUGUGAGUCCCUCGGCCUCCGCUCUUCUUUGCGGCUGGAAGGUGAAGUCUUCGACUCUGCAGCCCGGGAGUGGUGAACGGCGGUGGAGGAGAAACCGGGCCCGGGUGCCCUCCUCUUCGCCGCGGGCUGUUCCUUUUAGAUUCUUUUUUGGGUGCUUGUCAUGGCAACAGGAGGCGGCCCAUUUGAAGAAGGCAUGAAUGAUCAGGACUUGCCUAGCUGGAGUAAUGAGAGCCUUGAUGACCGGCUGAACAACACGGACUGGGGAAGUCAACAGAAAAAAGCAAACAGAUCAUCAGAAAAAAACAAGAAAAAGCUUGGUGGAGAAGCUGAAACAAGGCUUACUAAUGAUAUAUCUCCGGAAUCUUCACCUGGAAUGGGACGACGAAAGACCAGAACUCCUCACACUUUUCCUCAUGCUCGAUAUGUGACCCAGAUGUCUGUUCCAGAGCAGGCUGAAUUAGAAAGACUUAAACAAAGAAUAAACUUCAGUGAUCUGGAUCAGAGAAGCAUUGGAAGUGAUUCUCAAGGCAGGGCAACUGCUGCUAACAACAAACGUCAACUCAAUGAAAGCAAAAAACCGUUCAACUUCUUGUCACUGCAGAUAAACACUAACAAAAGCAAAGAUCCUGUGUCAGGUUCCCAAAAAAAGGAAAGUGGGGAGCCAUUGCAAUGCAAAGACCUGUUUGGAGCUGCUCUAAACAAAGAUUUCUUUCAAAAUGGUCAGCUGUCUGUUCAAGAAGAUGGAAGAGGAGAACCAGCUAUGGAUAGUAGCCAGAUUGUCAGCAGACUAGUUCAAAUUCGCGACUAUAUUGCUAAGGCCAGCUACAUGCGGGAUGAUCUUGUAGAGAAAAAUGAAAGAUCGGCCAAUGUUGAGCGUUUAUCACACCUUAUAGAUCACCUUAAAGAGCAGGAGAAAUCCUAUCUGAAAUUUUUGCAAAAGAUGCUUGCUAGAGAAAAUGAGGAUGAUGGUGUUUGGACUAUAGAUUCAGCUGUGAGAUCUGGUUCUAUAGGUGAGAGCACAUCGCUAAACACUGAUGUGCAAGCUGAGGCAUCAGAUACCAUGGCCAGAGAUCCUCAACAGGAAGCUAAAGAGGAGUUGGAGAACUUGAAGAAGCAGCACGAUUUAUUGAAAAGGAUGCUACAACAGCAGGAACAAUUGAAGGCUCUUCAAGGAAGACAGGCAGCUCUUCUUGCUUUGCAGCAUAAAGCAGAGCAAGCGGUUGCUGUUGUGGAUGAGUCUGUUGUAACAGAGACAACAGGUAGUGUUUCUGGAGUAAGCCUUACAUCAGAAUUGAAUGAAGAAUUAAUUGACUUAAUUCAGCGCUUUCAUAACCAACUUCAUGAUUCUCAGACUCAGUCUGUACCAGACAAUAGAAGGCAAGCAGAAAGUCUUUCACUUACCAGAGAGAUUUCACAAAGCCGAAACUCUUCAGUGUCAGAACACCGGUCAGAUGAAAAGGCACAGCUUUUCAACAAGAUGCGAAUGUUGCAGGGGAAAAAGCAAAAAAUGGAUAAACUGUUAGGAGAACUGCAUACGCUUCGUGACCAACAUCUAAAUAAUUCCUCCUUUUUUCCAGCUUCAAGUUCUCCUCAGAGGAGUAUUGACCAAAGAAGUACAACUUCAGCUGCUUCUGCUCCUGUGGGCAUAGUAACUGUUAUCAAUGGUGAAUCAAAUAGUCUGGCAUCUGCUCCCUAUCCUCCUGAUUCCCUGGCUUCUCAGAAUGAGAGUGAAGAGGAUGACAAUCUAAAUCCAACAGAAAAGCUUCAGAAGCUAAAUGAGGUUCGUAAGAGACUGAAUGAGUUACGUGAGCUAGUUCACUACUAUGAGCAAACAUCUGAUAUGAUGACAGAUGCUGUGAAUGAAAACACUAAGGAAGAGGAAGAAACAGAGGACUCAGGAAGUGAUUCUGAACAUGGGGAUCCACAGCCUGUUACAAAUAUUAGAAACCCUCAAGGAAUGAGUAGUUGGAGUGAAAUAAAUAGCAACUCAAAUGUACAGUGUGGAACUAAUAACAGAGAUGGAAGACAUCUUAAUACAGACUGUGAAAUAAAUAAUCGAUCUGCUGCUAAUAUAAGGACUCUAAAAAUAUCUUCUACUCUAGACUGUCAUAAUAGGGAGGAUGACAAAGAUACUGACCUACCCCAAGGUGACGACGAUGAAGUGGAAGAAGAUAGAGCUAGUGAAGAUUCCAUAUCUAGUCACAGAAGCAGCCUGGGUGAUGUUGCAGGAGAUGCCGAGUUUGAGCAGAAGAUUAAUAGGCUUAUGGCUGCAAAGCAGAAACUUCGACAGUUGCAAAACCUUGCUGCUAUGGUGCAGGAUGAUGAUCCAGAACCUCAAGUACUCACUGCAAAUGCAUCUAACUUGGGUGACUUUUUGGGUGAGAUGGAAGAGAGAAAGCAACAACCAAACAAUGUUCGAGUUAGUACCAAUAAGUUGCAAAAAGAUGUAGGACUGAAUGAAAAAGCAAGAGAGAAGUUUUAUGAAGCUAAACUUCAGCAGCAGCAGCAGGAACUUAAGCAGCUACAAGAAGAAAGAAGAAAACUAAUGGAAAUUCAAGAAAAAAUUGAAGUGUUACAGAAAGCUUGUCCUGAUCUUCAAUCUGCUGGCCUGGGUAACAGUCCAGCAAAUAGACAGACUCCACCAGCAGCCUCAAAUCCAGCCAUGAAUGAGUGUAACACAGCUGGCAAGCCUUUACUUGAAUUUGGUGAAUCUGUACCAGUAGGCAAUGAGUUAUGGUCUGAGAUGAGAAGACAUGAAAUUCUAAGAGAAGAAUUGCGACGGAGAAGAAAGCAACUUGAAGCUUUAAUGGCUGAACAUCAGAGGAGGAGAGAACUGGCAGAAACAAUAUCUACUGUUGCUGCAUCAGUUAAAAGUGAGGGGUCAGAAGUUCAGCAUACUCCCCAGCAGAGUAGGACAGAGAAUAGGACAAUGGCUACCUGGGGAGGUUCUACCCAGUGUGCACUAGAUGAAGAGGAUGGAGAUGAAGAUGGUUAUCUCUCUGAUGGACUUGACCAGGCAGAAGAGGAGGAAGACGCUCCAAGUAUGAAUGACAGCUAUUCCGUUUAUCCCAAUAACCAAAUACCAGAAAGUGUGUAUUAUCUCAAAGGAAAUAAGGACAGGUGGAAGAAUUGCCGUCCUCUUUCAGCAGAUGGGAAUUAUCGACCAAUGUCUAAAACUAGGCAGCAGCAAAACAUCAGUAUGAGACGCCAGGAAAACUUUCGGUGGAUAUCGGAGCUUUCUUAUGUGGAGGAAAAAGAACAAUGGCAAGAACAGAUCAAUCAGUUGAAGAAACAGCUUGAAUUUAGUGUUAGCAUUUGCCAGACUUUAAUGCAAGAUCAGCAGACCCUAUCCUGUUUUCUACAGACUUUGCUUGCAGGCCCAUACAAUAUGAUGCCCAAUAAUGUUGCAUCUUCACAAGUACAUCUUAUUAUGCAUCAGUUAAACCAGUGUUAUACUCAACUGUCUUGGCAGCAGAAUAACGUCCAAAGAUUGAAACAAAUGCUAAAUGAUUUAAUGCACCAGCAAGAACAACAGUGUCAAGAGAAGCCAUCAAGAAAAGAGAGAGGCAGUAGUGCACCACCACCUCCAUCUCCUGUUUUCUGUCCAUUCAGCUUUCCUCCACAGCCUGUGAACCUGUUUAAUAUACCGGGAUUUACUAAUAUUUCUUCAUUUGCUCCAGGUAUAAACUACAAUCCAGUGUUUCCUUCUGGCUUUGGAGAUUUUGCACGCAGUGGUUUUCCACAAAGCAGUGAGCAGCAGCAACAUCCUCUAGAUCAUAAUACUUCUGGAAAAACUGAAUAUAUGGCAUUCCCCAAACCUUUUGAAAGCAGUUCCUGUAAUGGAGCAGAAAACCAAAGGAGUCAUAGGCAACCUGAAGAUGAAAUGGAAAAAAGAUCAGCUUGGCUUAAUGAUAGCCAGGAAGUGAAAAAAGAUGAUCAAUCUCAACUGAAAGCAGGCUUUCCAGUUUCAGUACAGAGCACUGCUUCGGGUCAUAAAAAUCACUCUGAUACGAGCAGGAGAAGAAACUUUGAUGAAGAGUCCUUGGAGAGUUUUAGUAGUAUGCCUGAUCCAGUUGACCCAACUACUGUGACAAAGACAUUUAAAUCUAGGAAAGCUUCAGCUCAGGCAAGCUUGGCAUCAAAAGAUAAAACACCCAAAUCGAAGAAUAAGAGGAAGAAUUCUUCUCAGCUAAAAGGCAGAAUUAAGAAUACUGGUUAUGACAGUGCGAGUGCUUCUAGUGUGUGUGAACCCUACAAAAGCACUAAAAGUAAACACUCUGAGGAGGUUGUUCAUGCAAAGGUGUUCAGCAAGAAGAACCGGGAACAACUGGAAAAAAUAAUUAAAUACAGUAGAUCUACUGAAAUGUCUUCAGCACAUGCUAGGAGAAUUCUGCAGCAGUCUAACAGAAAUGCAUGCAUUGAAGCACCAGAAACUGGUAGUGAUCUUUCUAUGUUUGAAGCUUUGCGGGACACAAUUUAUUCUGAAGUCGCAACUCUUAUUUCUCAGAAUGAGUCUCGGCCCCACUUUCUUAUUGAACUUUUCCAUGAGCUACAGCUGUUAAACACAGAUUACCUAAGACAGAGGGCCCUAUAUGCUUUACAGGAUAUAGUGACCAGACAUUUAUCUGAGAACAAUGAGAAGGGGAAAUGCAUAAAAUCUUUAAAUACUGCAACAUGGAUAGCAUCAAACUCUGAACUCACUCCCAGUGAAAGUCUUGCUUCUACAGAUGAUGAAACGUUUGACAAGAACUUCCCUACAGAAGCAUGUCAGGACUGUGAACAAAAUGAUGCGGACAAUGGGAGUACUAUGUCUACAUCUUCACAUUUUGAACCCUUUGCCACUGAUGACCUUGGCAACACAGUGAUUCACUUAGAUCAAGCUUUGGCUAGGAUGAGGGAAUAUGAGCGUAUGAAAAUUGAAGCUGAAAGUACCCUUGGCUCUGAGGGCUGCUCUAGUAAUUUUCAGGGUGCUACUGCUGCUAAAUUAGAAGGUCCCAGCACGAGUGAAUGUCUUUCUGUGCCACAGUCAAGUGAUGUUUCUGCUGUCCCAUGUCCUCGCAUAGAUACUCAGCAGCUUGACCGGCAGAUUAAAGCAAUUAUGAAAGAGGUCAUUCCUUUUCUGAAGGAACACAUGGAUGAAGUAUGUUCUUCUCAAUUACUGACAUCAGUAAGACGUAUGGUCUUGACUCUUACACAACAGAAUGAUGAAAGUAAAGAAUUUGUCAAGUUCUUUCAUAAGCAACUUGGCAGUAUUCUUCAGGAUUCCUUGGCAAAAUUUGCAGGUAGAAAAUUAAAAGAUUGUGGGGAAGAUCUUCUUGUGGAGAUUUCUGAAGUAUUAUUUAAUGAAUUAGCCUUUUUUAAACUCAUGCAAGACUUGGACAGUAACAGUAUUUCUGUAAAGCAGAGGUGUAAACGCAAAAUAGAAACUGCCGAAGAGAUGCAGUCUUAUGCUAAAGAGGCAGAAAAAGGUCUCCAGGUGGAUGUUUGUUCAUUUACUGAAGAUAUCGAUGAGGACAAAGACAAGGAUGAGACUGAAAUUGUCAAACCAGUACAGGGCUUAGAAACGUAUGAUGGUAAUGAAGUUCCUGAAAGCGUCAAGUCUGAUGCUUCUGACCAAGAGGAAGAUGAAGAAAGUGAGAGUGGCCCAGUGGCAAUAAGUUUGUCAAAAGCAGAAACGCAAGCUCUCACUAAUUAUGGCAGUGGAGAAGAUGAGAAUGAAGAUGAAGAAAUAGAAUUUGAGGAAGGACCUGUUGAUGUGCAGACAUCGUUACAAGCGAGCAAUGAAACAGCAACUGAAAAUGAACAGACUUCAAGCCAGGAACUGAAUAAGUCAAAAGGCAGUGAUAUUUUGUCAUCUGAACAACAAUCUGUUAAAGGUGAAGAAGAUGCAGCUACAAUGUUACCUCAUUACCUCAAUGUGGUGGAGAACACACCACCUUUAGCAGUGAAUACUCCAGAAUCGUUUAUAACAGCCAGUAUGAAUGCGGAAGAAUCAAGCUCAUCUUUACCAGAAAAUGAAACACAAAUGCUAGAUGCAGCAUGUGUAGUAAACAAGUCCUCUGCUGGAAGUUCAGAAAGCUCCAUGGCUGGCAGUCCUGACACAGAGUCGCCUGUGUUGGUGAAUGAAUAUGAAGCUGGUUCUGGAAAUAUAAGUCAAAAAUCUGAUGAAGAUGACUUUGUGAAGGUUGAAGACUUGCCCCUUAAACUUGCAGUCUAUUCAGAGGCAGAUUUAUUGAAGAAAAUAGCAUCAGAGGCCCAAACCAACAGCUUGUCUGAUGAAUUAUUGGAUGGAGGUGGGCAGCAAGAUCGAGAAUUAGUUGGAGAUGCCCAAACUCUGAAAGAACCAGAAACUUUUGGAGCUCAAAGUGCAUGAGAAUAAUCUGAAGAUACCUGCAUAUGUGAACUCUAUACAAAUGCAUAUGGAAAAUCAGCACUAAUUUCACAAAUUCUGAAAGUGUAUAAAAAUGUAAAAUAGUUUUUGACACGCUGCCUCUUAGAAUAGUAGGCUAACUUCUGCCUGUGGCAGUUUGAACAGCUGGAACUGAAUCUUCUUUUAUUCAGUUUUGCUGCACUGUUCUUUUUCUGUCUUAAUCUUUUUUAUUGUGACUUGUUCAGUAAUUUUAAAAAUUUGUUCAAAAUUGUAGUUUUAAAUAAAGUUUGGACUUGUCUGUAAAUUCGUCUUUUGGAAAAAUUUCCUCAGGCUUAUAAAAUGAUAUGAGGAGUUCUUGGAAGCUAACUGACCUAAGUGUUGGUGUGUUUAUAGUUUGCUGGUCCUGUUCAGAGAAAUGCUGUUAGUUUUCCUGUGAGAAGAAACUCUUGUCUCACAGUUUCUCAGUCUUCUACAAGUGUGACAUGUAAACGUCUGCAUCUCCUCCUUGCCUUAUAGCCUAAGUAUAGCUGGCCUGUAAAAAUUACUCUCGUUCAUGGCCUGUGGAAUUAAUAUCUGUCAGCACAUUUGUCAGAGGUGAAGUAGAUACCCUGUUUUGUUGUUAAUUGCAGAAAACAUCUAUUUUUUUAUUUUACUAUUUCCAGUUCUUUAUUAUUUUCUUUUCAGUAUGAAACAGGAUAAACUUGGCUGAAAAUUUUAAUAUCCUUUCACAUGUGGCACUUAAAAUUGCUGUAAGUGAAUACCUGUAGAAUUUUUUCUUUAAGUAUUUAACUUUGUGAAUGGUUUUGGUUGUAAAAAGGAAGAUGUAUAGAAAAUUACUAUUAAAGUUACCGUAUAUUUAAAAAAAAAUUAAUAACAAAAAAAGAGUUUAAGUUGGUACCUAAUACAGUCAUGGCAAAGGCAGAAAUAGGGUUAUAGAAAAGUAGAUUGAAAACUACGUCAGAAUAAAAAUUUUAUUUGCUCUUUCAUAUUCCUACUUAUAUCAGAAUUCCUAGUAAGAGGAAGUCAUAAAGUUGAGCUAGAAAUAGUUUAUCCAGUGUAUCUACUGGCAGUGUAGUGAUCCAGUUCGCCAUUUGUUAGGACAAGACUGUUUUCAAGGCAAUCAAGAACAUAAUGAUUACCUUAAGUUCAGAAUUUGCUUCCUUUUUGGUUAGUAUUUAGUAUGGCUAUACUGUAUGGAAGACAUUUUAGUAGUAGUGAAGGUUCAAUAUACACAAAGUAGAAUGAAGUUUGAAUAAAAUGAGUGUGAUUCUA